CAGUUGUUGGGGGACAGAGGGGAGGAGUAUUGAUGCCCUGCCUGUGGGUUUCCUCACUGUGGUAUCUGGUGGGCCACUGUGGGGAGCAGGAUGCUGGUCUUGAUGGGCCCGCUUUGGUCUGUCUGAUCCAGCAGAACUCUGCUUAUGCUCAGAUAUCCUAUGCCCUGAAACGUUCAUGUUUCCUCUGAGCCUGGGCAUGCAUGUGUUCACAAGGGCUGAAAGGGUACAGCUCUCUUUGAAUCUGGUCUGCUUGUCCUUCGUUCGGCUUGCCUUGAACAGCAUCUACAGGCUUUUUAAAAAUUGGAGUUUUUGUUGGAGAGGAGAAGAGCAAAGCUUUCAAAAGGCCGCCGUCCAGCAGCGCCGCUGUUAUGGAAACUGGUCCGACUCGCCCGAGGUGGAGCCGCCGCCGAUGAUGGGGCGGCAGCGGCAGCAGCCAUGGCCCGAGCAGCAGCGGCGGCGGCGGCAGCCACAGCCACGGCGGCGGGGAGAGGCGGCGGCGGCGGCGCCUCGCCCGGGGAGCGGCCGUCGGGGGGCGCGGCGGACCCCGGCGCGGAGGAGCUGUCCCUGGAGGAGGUGCUGAAGUCGUACGAGCAGCCCAUCAACGAGGAGCAGGCCUGGGCCGUCUGCUUCCAGUGCUGCCGCGGGCUCCUGCUGCUCCCCGCCGCCGCCGUCGAGCCGGGAGCCCCGCCGCCGCCCCUCUGGGGCCCGGCCGGCCGCAUCCGCGACACCGCCGACAUCCUGCUGCACAAGGACGGCGCCGUCUCGGCCCGCGGGGAGUUCGGCGUGGCCGAACUCCCAUUGACCUUGACACCCGCAGCAGAAGCACAGAUGGUGCAGUCGCUGGGUUUCGCGAUCUACCGAGCGCUGGACUGGGGUCUGGACGAGAAUGAGGAGCGGGAGCUGAGCCCUCAGCUGGAGCACCUCAUCGACCUGAUGGCCAACAGCGAUUCCGAGGACAGCGGCUGCGGCACGGCAGACGAAGGCUAUGGUGGGCAGGAGGAAGAGGAGGAGGCGGUGGCCGAGGGGACCCUGAGGGCCGUGCGCACCUUCAGCCAAGCCUUGCGCCUCUGUGCCAUGCGCCUCUCCCAGCCCCAGGAGGCCCAGAUCCACUACCAGGCGGUCUGCAGAGCUCUCUUCCUAGAGACGAUGGAGCUGAAGGCUUUUCUGGCCAAGAUCCAUGAUGCCAAGUUGAUGCUGACCAAGCUGAAGGACGAAGAUGAGGAGCUGAGGGACCGGUCGGCUGCCGAUCUGGACAACCUGAGGAACACGGACUGGGCUCGGCUCUGGGUGCAACUCAUGAGGGAGCUGCGGCAUGGAGUCAAACUCAAGAAGGUCCAGGAGAAGCAGUUCGACCCCUUGCCCACCGAGUACCAGCUGACCCCCUUUGAGAUGCUGAUGCAGGACAUCCGGGCCCGGAAUUACAAGCUUCGCAAGGUCAUGGUGGAUGGUGACCUUCCUCCCAGGGUGAAGAAGAAUGCACACGAGCUCAUCCUGGACUUCAUAAGAUCCCGGCCGCCCCUGAGACAGGCUUCCGAGCGGAGGCUGCGCCCCAUGCCUCAGAAGCAGAGAACGCUGCAUGAGCGGAUUCUGGAGGAGAUCAAGCAGGAUAGGAAGCUUCGGCCUGUCGAGGCGCGGUAUCCGAACCAGAAAGGGUUCGGCUCCCUGCCUUGCAUCAUUAAUGCCUAUUCCGGCAACACCAAAUCGACCUCCUGCAUCAACCUCUCUGUCUCGGACUCCAACGCCCCACCGCAGCGCCAGAGGCCGAGGGUCUUGCUGAAGGCACCCACACUGGCGGAGAUGGAAGAGAUGAACAUUUCGGAAGAGGAAGACUCUCCCAGCUCGGAGGCUGUGCCUGAUCCUGGCACACUGAUGCCCCUGAAGCGUGACCGCUCCUUCUCGGAGCAGGACUUGGUCCAGUUCCAGAGUGAAGCCAACAGCAGCCAGCCUGACGCGGAGUUCUUGGGGCCCAGCGGGUCUGAACCAAGACCUCGUUCAGGUACCAGGAGCCCUGCAUGGACCGGCAUGGAGGACUCGGGCUCGGUUCCAGCCAGCUACCACCAGGUCCCCUAUGGCGCCCGCCCCUUUCCUUCCAACCAGGGCUGCCUCAGCUCUGUGGAUGAAAAGUCAGAGGCUGCCUCCGGCCCCAACCCGGAUGCCCACUUGAGACACUUGUGGCUGCAGGAAUUCAGCCACCCCGUUGAAAGCCUGGCGCUGACUGUGGAGGAGAUGAUCAACGUGCGCCGAGUGCUGGUGAAAGCCGAGAUGGAGAAGUUCCUGCAGAGCAAGGAGCUGUACAGCAGCCUGAAGAAGGGCAAGGUCUGCUGCUGCUGCAGGAACAAGUUUGCUCUGUUCUCCUGGCCUCCAGCCUGCCUCUUCUGCAAGAGGUCUGUCUGCAGCUCCUGCAGUCUGAAGAUCAAGAUGCCUUCCAAGAAGCUUGCCCACAUCCCUGUCUACGCCCUGGGCUUUGAGACCCUGCCAGGCUCCCUGGGCCCCAAGGCACCCACAUUCCGCCGGAGGGAGGCCUUCCACUCCCUGCAGGGCACGCGCUGGCGCAGCGUGGAGGAGGAAUUCCCGUACAUCUACGCCCACGGCUCGGUGCUCAAAGACGUUUGCAGCGACUGCUCGGGCUUUGUCACGGACGUCGUCAGCUCCAGCCGCAAGAGCAUGGACAUCCUGAACACGACGCCCUGCAGGAGCCGCAAGACCCAGUCGCUCUAUAUCUCCUCCUCCUCCUCCUCCAGCUAGACGAGCCCACGCCGGCUGCCUGCUCUGGCUGGCUGGCUCCAUCGCCUGCUGCCUCCCGCCUUCACUUCCUGGGCACUUCUGUAUCUUAAGCACUGACAAGGACGCAGGCUCUCCAGCGGAGGAGCAGUCCGGACUCUGGUGGGGGGUGGGGGCGGAUCUCCCCCUGGCUUUCCUGCUUACGCGCUUCUGCUCCGAUUUCUCCCAGCCCCUCGCCUUCCAGGAACACGCCUUGCCUGCGUGUGUACAUAUAUACAUACCGAUAGACACUCUAUAUUUAUAUUUUGUGGAUCAGCUGCUCUGGCACACUGGCUACAUCCUUGGCUUGGGGAUGCCCUGCCUGGCAUCAAAUUCCUUGGCAGCUGUGCCCCCUUCCUCCCAGACAGCAAGCGAGCAGGCUCUGAGGGGUGGGAUAUGGGCAGAGCCCUGGGGGCUGGGCAGCCACAUCUGUUUCUCUGCCAAAACACAGAAAGCAAGGCCAUGCAACCUUCUUUCCCAGGUAACUAGCUUGUCCUGGGGGUGGGGGGCACUCCCUGCCCCCUCCUUGCUGAGAGAUUCCAGGGGUAUCCAGCUGGGUGCCUCCAGGCUUCCUCCUCCAGCUCUGCCCGUUCAGGUCUCGGGGAAGCAAACCUGUCCCAUGCAGCUCCUUGGCCAGUGCUUGCUCUGGUUGCCUGACUCAUCUGCCUUUCUCCAGGAGGUGCUUUUUAUUCACACAACCCUUAUCCUUCUUUUGUUAAGGCUGUGACACUAAGAGACAGGGCAGUGGUGUUCUUCUGCCCAUGAACAGAGGACCAUGUUUUGUUUGUACAGAGAAUAAAUAAAGUAUCUACUUUUUGUAAGCAUUUAAAGGCAAACGGAGCAAUUCCAGUAGUAGGGCGAGGUCCCUCCAUGGGGCAGGACUGCAGGAGGUUAGCUGGGGUUCAUCAGCUCUUUACUGAGUGGUUGUCCUACUCCAGUCUGGCCGUUCAGGCUUCUGCUUCCCCUCAGCUGCAGGUCUGAGCUCUGGGGUGCACCUCUCCGCUUCCUCACUGACGGCAGCUGAGAGUAGAGGCAGGGAAGGUGGCUGCCCAGCCUAAGGCAACUCCUCCAUGAGAUGGGAACAGAAGGCCGCCUCCAGCAGGACCAAGCAGGCCUGGUCCCAGGGACUAGCGGUGCUCUGACAGGGGACUUGCUGUUAGAGAGCUCAUGUUGGGGAGAUUUCUUGAUGUGCCCCAGCUGCAGUGGAAGUGCACAGGUCAAGGAGCCCUGCAAAUUAAUGUGGUCCGGAGACAAGGAGUUAAAAGUUCCAAACAAAGUUGGUGGUUUGGGAAAUUCAUCAGGGAGGUAGAUAAGACCUACCACGCCUCAUUGCUAGCUAGAUACAGGAAGAGAGGGAAGGAAGUCUGUCUCUCUGGGUAGGAGAAUGAAACCUGAGCCUAUCAGUCGGGCAAACGGGAAUUGGAGCAGAGGAAGCCUGUCCGAGCGGGGAAGCCCUGACUGGCUGCCUCUACCCCUAGCGGUCAAUGGGGUUGCUGCUGGUGCUAGUUGAGUCGAUGCCAUCAGGAGCUGCAUCUCCAGCAGUUAUAAGGGGCAGGUGCUGGGGGGCCUUUUGGCCACCUUUCCUGUUAGGCCUGCUGCAGUGCUGGUGGGCCCAUGUGUCACAACACUGUGCCUGGCUUGUCUGCCUCGAGAGCAGUUUGCAGAACUCUGCCCUCUGCUGAAAGUGCCCCCAGAAGCAGAGUGUGUGCUUACAAAUUCACACUGGGAAAUGGCCCCCAAUACCAAAUCAGCACACUUAGACGUUCAAAGGGGGGAGGGGUGCUUAGAGAAACAGCUCCUUUUUUUCUCGUAAGUGGUUCUUCCUCUUCCUACCCACCACCCCCACACGCUGGCCCAGCCUUGCCCUGGUAGAUCACUCUCCCCAUCUCUGCCGCGUCCUACCGGCCCCUAGUUGUGCAGAGGUUAACAAAUCUGACAGUGCAAGAGAUCAGACUGGGAAAGGCUGGAUGUCAUUCUGGGAAGAAGAGCCCAGCUGGUGGCCCUCAAGGAGCCGCUCUUAGGCUGCAGCUCUCUGCAGUGCCUGCCUUCCUCCUCCAUCCUUGAGUUCAGCAUUUGCGAAGGUGGCCUGCCGGGUCGGAGAGGCAGGCCGGUUGAGCAUUGCAGCUCAGGUGAGGAGUGGAAAUCUGCCGCCCUCCGUCUUCUGUUCUUGCAUGCCCACAAUGGUUCUGCUCUACCACUUGUACAAUGCUGCUUCCCCAGCUCAGAAAGCUCAAGAUAGUUGGCCACAGGCCCAGCCAGCACCCAGUCCCAGAGUGGCUCCCUUUUCUUCCUCCCUCCUCCUGCACCCACCAUGCAGCCCUCGUUUUGUGCAUCACACCCCUUGGGGGGGUCAACAUGUUGGGGGGCUGCAAUAACGCAGUGGGCACUUCCAUCAGAACAGCCCGUAUUCUGCAGGAAGACCACCGUCUGUGCAAAUCCCAGUCCAUUUUCCUGCAUGCAAAGGAAAAGGGGAACAAGCCCUAGUGCAGUUGCACGUGAUGCAGAGAAAACAGCAAAGCUGGAGAUGCAAGUGGAUUGUAGGAAACCGGGAUCAGUGAGGAAACUUGGGGGAGGGCAGGGCUGUCACUGUGCAGGGUGGUUGACAGGAGGCUGGGGUUUCCACAGGUCAGUGCUCAAGCCAGCUCUAUCUCGGUGUGAAGGGAAAGGCCAUCCACCUAUAGGAGCUUUUCAAUGCUGCCGCAUCUUGUGCCAAUCUGCUUGCUCGCUCUUCUGCCUCGGGCUGCUCUCUCUGGACUUUAAAAUGCCUUAUCAGCCUGCACCUCACGUUUGGAACAAUUCAUCGCACUCUGUGUCGGGGGGGGGGGAGCUCCUCCUUUCUCUCGUAUGUCCUGCCUGCACCUGCCCCCCUCCGCCUUGUUUUAUACACAGCCUGUGCUGUAAAGACUGUAAAUAAAACUUAAAGUGGU